CAGCAGAUUCAGAAUAAAGAAAUAGAAGAAAUUUUCACUAUUUUUGAUACAAGAAUAAGCUACAGGGCUAAACAACAUUUAGAUAUUGAAAUUAUACUAUCUUCUAUUUUUACAAAAGCCUAA